UGCAUUGCGAUUGGGUAGCUGCAAUCGAAGUCCGAUUAGGCUCGAAAUUGGGGCGGGCGAAUAGGUUUCUCCCAUCAUUUUAUGCGGGUAGGUGGGAAAAGUAGAAUUCUUAUCAGUGAGGAUAGUGGAGUCCAUAUUGUGGGCGUGGGCGUGCCUUUUUGCAUUGCUUUUCACGGGAGCAGAAUAUUCGUGGGUCUUUUCAUUCCUCUACAUACAGGGAUUUGAUUUCAUCAAGGACCUGGGAGUCCUGGAUUAGUUCCUGGGCUUUGUUUUCCUGCUAUUGGCAAGUAUCUCUUGCUCUUGUAAAGUUGUACUGUUCUUCAGCGUUCAUGUGAGGGGCUGUGGUCAACGAAUGUCCACUAUCUGGUCUAGGUCAGGUCAUGCUUGUUUUUAGAUAAAAGGUGAUUGUGUCUGUGUGAGUUUCGGGAUCUGUACAGGUUCCCUAAAACUGUAUGCUUGUUCUGGGUUUCUAAACCGUUUUUUCUUAAUAUAUUGAUAAGCAGCUCUCCUGCGUGUUCAGGAAAAUAAUGUCCACUCUCUGCAAACUAUGCAGUCCUGGGCAUAUUGUUAUGCCCCAGCCCUCUCCACCACCUGGUAAUGCAAACCAAUGGCUCUUUGCUAGGGAACCAAAUAAGAUCAUGCUGUAUGUUGUGCAGUUUAAAAGGAGAAGUAAUGCAUGCUUCUAAAGUCUCCUCUUAGGAAGACAACCACAUGAUUAUGUGUGAAACCAUCGGGGUUGAAUUGUCAUUCGUUUUUUUAAUAUUAUAAAGGAGAACCAAACAACUGCUUAGAUGGAUGGCGUGUAGUUCCUUGCCUUUGUUUCAUUCCUUGAUUUCAUCUGUAGUUUAUACUUUGGUUUUAAAAUAAAUUCAGCCUGCUUUUCGAAAGAUCUAGUCUUUUGAUGUGCUUGGACAUUUGGUGUUCUCCCCGUGUUAAACAGUUCAAAUUUUGGAUACCCCUGAUUGUAUCUAUGGAAAACUAUGUGUAUAAGAAAUGUUCCAGGUAUUUCAAUACAUUUUCUGAGUUACUUAUCUCGCUCUAUACUUUCUGUUUUUUUUAACGUAUGUGUUCUUUUGUUUCAUUUGGAGUUGGCCAUUUGGUGCAUUGCUUAGACGUAAUAUUUUGGCCAGCUUCUGUCAACUUACCAUAUCUAGUGAUUAGAUCCACUCAGUAUUGAUGCCAUAUUGCCUCAAUGUUCAUUAGGUCGAAGGCAUGCAGGUCCAUGCGAAUGAGGGUGGCGUUACUCAAACUCGGGGUGGCAUAUAUUGGAUAAUCUUGCCCGCUGGAUAUCUGGGUUCAUCAUUUUGGGGAAUGAUCUUCAUACUUGCAUCCACAAAUCUCCUCACUACGAGAAUUGCAGCGGGUUGUUUCAUCCUUGCAUUGGUUGUUGUUCUUUUUGUUGCAGAUAAUUGGUUUCUUCGCUGGCUCUGCAUUGGAUUCGUUGUGUUCAUUGCUGUUGUUUGGGUCAUACAAGAAUUUACAUCUUUCCAUAUUCUGAAAUAUGUGAUCUUAUUCAUAGGUGUGAUGAACAGCUUAUUUUCAGUUUAUGAUAUUUACGAUGACUUGAUAUCCCGAAGAGUUCAUUCAAGUGAUGCUGAGAAGUUUGCUGAAAUCUGCCCUUGCCCCUGCAAUGGUGUUGGAUGGGGUGUUAUAUGGGGCUUCAUUUCAUUUAUCUUUCUCUGUGCAUCAAUAUACCUUGGACUGGUCAUACUGUCGUGAGGAUUUCAACCUCGUUCUGUUUUGAUCUGACAACCAACUCAGGUUGGCUUUUACUGAGUUCUCAUUGCUCCAGAUAUUGGUUCAAGCUUACAUUGUUCUGGUAGUUGUACAGAAUUCAUGGAUGGUAAACCUGUAUAUCCAUUGGAGUUAAAUUAGUGGGGAUUAUUCAUGCAAUUCUUCCAUUUUAGCGAUUCUAUAGAUACAUUUUGCUUAGCAAUGUAUUUAUGGCUGGUAGCCUUUUCUAUUUGGGCGAUGUAUAUCAUAAUCUCUUGCCUUAUUGCUCAUUUAUCCAAUUCGAAACCUUUUCAGCAA